CGUCUCGUGACAACAGGAAGGAGGAAUGACAACAGUGAGGAUGCUGCUGCUGCUGUUUUGAUACUUUACACAAUCUUUCAUUUGCACACAGACACACAACAAUGACUUCAAUUAUAAAAGAAACACAAAGCAUAAAAGAAGCAGUGACUUUCAUCAACGCGAUUGAUGUGAACAAGUUCUCCAGGCUGAUCUCCCGCAUCAUACAAAAGCUUCAUCUGAAGGGAGAGCGGACAUUCAGUGAAGAAGAGGAGCAGAAACUUCAGGCUGCUCUCUCAUUGGACAAACAGGCUCUCAGUCUAGUCCUGGAAACUGCUGCCUUUAUACUAGAGCAGGCAGUGUAUCAUAAUGUAAAGCCGGCCUCUCUGCAGCAACAGCUGGAGGCGGUUCAUCUGAACCCAGACAAGGCUGAGAUGUUCUCUCAAACCUGGGCCACAGCUGGACCUGAGCUGGUGGACAGACUAAAGCACAGUGUCUUUGCCCCAAAGAAGCUGGAGUACGUCGGCUGGCAGUUAAACCUGCAGAUGGCCCAGUCCAGCCAAGCCAGACUGAAGUCUCCCAGUGCUGUCCUCCAACUGGGGCUCCGCAGUGAAGAUUCUGAGGUUCAGGAAAAUGUCUUUGUUGAUUUUAACCACCAGGAGCUGCUUGAGUUCUACAACAAGCUUGAAAUCGUGCAAGGCCAGUUGGAUUCCCUGACUUGAUGCCUGGUGCUCUUUGUACAACCACACACACACACACAUGCAUUGUUAGUUUUUUUGCUGACAGCUAUGCCAGCUGUUAGAGGUCUGGCAAUUCCACACUUGCUCUGAUUUAUUAGAGAAAAAUGUCAAACAUUUGAUGGAAGGAGUUUCUUUCCCUUUUGAGCUUCAUGUAAUUCAGUUUUGUGCUCAUAACUUAGAGACGUCAGUGUGAUAUAUCUGAUUUUACGCUGAGUAUUUAUGUCUUCAUCAAGGGGAUGGUGGGAAAAUUACAUUUGUCAAUAUAGAUUGUGCUGAAACAAGUUUCUUAGUAACAUUUUUCUAUACCCUGCAGUGAGUAACUUAAUGUUUGAUUGCCCUGUAACUUGGUUUUAAUGAUCUGUUUAAAAUGUGCCAAUAGUCAGCGGUCAUAAAAAAUCAUUUGCAGCCUUAAAAAGAAUGAAAAAAGAAAUUAAAUGUUAUUUUGACUUGAAACAAAUGGAUUUUGUGACUUGGACAAUGAACUAGUGUCCAUGCCAUUCUAAUAAAAUCUGAAGUGGAGGUAAAAUCCAUCCAAGCUGUU